AUGAACACAUUUGAUCCCGACCGAGCGAAACUAUCUGAAGAGGUCGAGACUAUAGUCUACGCGCACCCAGGACAGUAUGUCAGAGAAGUUGUUGUUGCCGGUGUGAGCGUGGGGACGAAUCGACACCAAAAACUUCUCCGAGCGUGGGUUGUACUAAGCAAAGCUGGCGAGAAAGCGGGAGAUCCAGCGGUCGUUGAUGCCCUCAGAAGGUGGACCGAGAGAAAUCUGGUAAAGUCUAAAUGGCUGCAUGGAGGUAUCGAGGUUGUUGAAGAGUUGCCUAAAUCGUCCUCGGGAAAGACAUUACGGCGAGUUUUGGUAGAUGACUACGAACGACGAGUUCGCGUGAUGGUGAAGGGAAAGCUCUGA